UCCCGGCCAUGAACAGCUCAGCGGUGGGCUCCGAGGCGGGCUGGCAGCCUGAAUCGGUCAUCAUCCCACUGGUGUACCUCAUCAUCUUCCUCAUGGGCACGGUGGGCAACUGCCUGGUCCUGGCCGUGCUGCUACGGAACGGGCAGGUGAAGAACACCACCAACCUCUUCAUCCUCAAUCUGGGGGUGGCCGACCUCUGCUUCAUCCUCUUCUGCGUCCCCUUCCAAGCCACCAUCUACACCCUGGAGGGCUGGGUGUUCGGGCCCUUCAUGUGCAAGGCCGUCCACUUCUUCAUCUACCUCACCAUGUAUGCCAGCAGCUUCACCCUGACCACCGUCUCCCUCGACAGGUAUUUGGCCAUACGAUACCCCCUGCACUCGAGGGAGCUGAGGACACCCAGGAAUGCCCUCAUGGCCAUUUGCUUCAUCUGGGGCCUUUCCUUCAUCUUUUCAAGCCCUUACCUCAGUUACUACCAGGAAUUCCAGUUGGCCAACCUGACUGUCUGCCACCCCAUAUGGGAGAUCUCCCAGCGCAAGGUCAUGGACAUCUGCACCUUCAUCUUCAGCUACAUCAUCCCAGUGCUGAUCCUGAGCCUCACUUAUGUGCGGACUAUUCACUACCUGUGGAGGUCCGUGGACCCUCUCCAAGACAUGUCAGAGUCCAAAGUGGCCAAGCGGAAGGUCACCAGGAUGAUCAUCAUUGUAGCCGUCCUAUUCUGCCUCUGUUGGCUGCCCCAUCACCUGCUCAUCCUCUGCGUCUGGUUCGGGUACUUCCCCCUCAAUCAUGCUACAUACGUGCUCCGCAUCCUCUCGCAUCUCAUCUCCUAUGCCAACUCCUGCGUGAACCCCAUUGUCUACGCUCUGGUCUCCAAACACUUCCGCAAGGGCUUCAAGAAGAUCUUCAGCUGCCUCUUGCACAAGAGGGCAGCCAACAAGGUGCAUGUGGCCCAGGUGACAAACACUGUCAGCACGCUGGAGGCUGAGCUCAGUGAGGUGACCCACAUCAGCGAAGCCCUGCCGAGGUGCUUUUCCGUCCGCUGCAAGGUCCCAGCCCAGCCCUGGGAGGAGGCAGAGCUGGUGGGACACCAGCAGAAGGCAGAUGGCUCCUUCAUCACCUUCAAAGUCACCUAGCAGAGCUUCUUCCUAUCCCACGGCUUUGCGGUCUCCUGCAGCAUUGCAGGCCUGGGGAUGGGAUACAUUUUGGGUUGAAAUGCGUCAAAUCGUACCCAUUUUCAUUCAAACGCACCCAGAUAUCAUAACUGUUAAAGCGAUGCUGCUGACUACAGACUCAGCCAAGCAACUGACCGUGGAUCCAACAGCAGGAUUUGCUUCCACCAAGCACUUGCUGAGAGCAGAGAGACCAAACCCCCAAAUGAACUCUCAUGUGUAAUCACCUGUUCCUCUGUCAGGGAUGAACUUACACCCUGUUGCAUCUACACC